GUGGUCACAACGUUAUGGCAUCCUUGCAAGUGCUCGUGAACGCUUACUUGCUGUGCACCAUCACGGCAUACCAAGAUGGAAUCUUCGUCGAACUGCUUCCCCAGUAUGCGGCGUGGAAGCAGCUUCUCUUGCGCCCUUCAUCCUUGUCGAUGCCGGCAACGCUCCAACCAGCGGACCUUGUCAUCUCCUCGCUCGCAGACAAGCGAUACAUUCUGCAUGCGGCCGUCGCUCGGCAUGACGUUAGCUGCGUGGAGCGUCUAUUGCUCUGCUAUCGGCGGGACUUGAUCACGUCCGAUUUGAUGGCCUGUGCCGCGCGCCACGGCCACUUUGACCUCGUGCAGAGAUUCCAUCUCCGUGGUAUCCCAUGCUCGUCUAAAGCGAUGGAUUUGGCAGCCACGUACGGCCAUCUCCAGGUGCUCACGUUUUUGCAUGUUCACGCUGGAGAAGGUUGCAGCGACAGGGCGAUGGUCGGCGCGGCGGAAGCCGGGCAUUUAGCGAUUGUCCAGUUCCUGCAUACGGCUCGACCAGAGCAACCUACGUCGUUCCGGGCCAUGGACUACGCGGCACGUAAUGGACAUUUCGAAAUCGUGAAAUUUCUCCACUACAAUCGACCAGAAGGUGCGAGCGCCGUGGCGAUGGACUUUGCAGCGUCCCAUGGACAUUUGGAGAUUGUGCAAUUCCUUCACACCCAACGACACGAAGGCUGCAGUACGUACGCCAUGGACGGCGCUGUGCGGAACGGUCAUCUCGACAUCGUCCGAUUUCUCCAUGCGCAUCGCACGGAAGGAUGCUCAAAGAAGGCGCUUUUGUAUGCGCUGCAACACCAGCUCCACGACAUUCUUCCCAUCUUGCGCAGCUAUCAUGGCCUCUUGCGUCCGGCAUCAUCGGCAGUCAUGGUGGCGGCACGAGCCCGCGCCAAGUUUUCGCGUGUGCGCACGCGACGGCGGUACUUCCUCACAGCGAUUACUGUUGGUCGGUGACGCAAGAAGGCAUGGAUAGUGCUGCUGUACAUUUCCAUUCGGAGAGGAUGGAAAUGUCUUAUAAACUUCGCCCCCAAUGUUCAACCACAUGUUUCUUGUUGUGGGGUUGCCAUGUCAGAGUGAGAUAAAGUAUGACCGGUUCAACACGAUCAAAGCUACUACAG